AUUAUGCGCAGACCCAACUUCGUUCUGCCUCCCUAAAAUGGAUCUUUUCAUUGAAACGUUGACCGGAACUGCAUUUGAACUGAAAGUAUCUCCCAAUGACACGGUUAUGUCGAUUAAAUCCAAGAUUCAAAGAGUUGAAGGUAUCCCUGUCGGCCAGCAACACUUAAUUUGGCAGAACGGGGAAUUGUCCGAUCACCAGUCACUGCGGGACUGCAGUAUUCCAGGUGGCGCCACUUUGCGUCUGGUCUUGGGUCUUCGAGGCGGUCCUAUAAAUGCCUAUCGCACACCUGCUACUCUGCGACUCACUCCCCUCCAUUUUGCACCACCCUCUUCAUUUGAACGGAUCACACCACCGCCACGCUCAUCUUGGCACCCCGUCAGAUUCGUCUUCACACCAGAAGACCCUGACGAAACUAAAAACGCCUUCUUCAAUCCCGUCGGCGCCCUCCUCUCCCCCCUCACCGUCGACUCCCUCUUCGGCUGCGGCAGCUCUUUUAGCGGGACUGCUUUAUGCCGCUGGCUC